ACCAGUCGAGCGCGGCACAUGGCAAAAGUGGAACCUUUUGAAAAACUCUUUUUGUGUUAAAUUGUUUGUUAAAGUGGAAAGUGGAAAGUUAGGAAAAGUAGAAGAAGUGAAAAAUGUGUUGAACUCUGGGAACUAUGGGAGAUUUAAGCAUGAUCGCGUCUCGCUCCAGUGUGCAGGAUUUCUACAAGGACUCCGUAGUGUUAAUAACCGGUGGGUCCGGUUUUAUCGGGAAAGUUUUAAUCGAAAAAUUACUAAGAUGCUUCGAGGUGAAGAAAAUCUAUCUUUUGCUUCGAGAGAAGAAAAACGUGAAAUCAAAAGACCGCCUGAAGGAAAUCGUUCAGGAGCCAAUCUUUCACGUCCUGAAAAACAAUAACUCCACCGCAGCGAGUUUUUUCUCGAAAGUGACCGCAAUCGACACGAACUUCCAACAGGCCGAAAUAAUCAGUGAACAGGAUCGGGCAGUGUUGCACGCUGAGGUGACCGUGGUGUUCAACGUGAUGGCGUCAGUUAAGUUCGACGAACGCAUCGAAACCGCUCUGGAUACAAACGUAAACUGUUCGCGAAAGUUGUUCGAUCUGGUUGCCAAAAUGUCCCAACUACGCUCGAUCGUUCACGUAUCGACGUUCUAUUCGAACUGCGAUCGAGGGCACAUAGAAGAGCGAAUCUUCGACAACGUGCCCUUCGGUGGGCAGGACAACAUUCUGCAGAUAUUCAGCCACCUCACGGAACACGAGAAGGAUCAGCUGACUCCGUUCAUCCUGGGUGGAAUGCCCAACAGCUACACUUUCAGCAAAAAGUGCGCCGAAGUGAUGAUUCGGGAGCGUUAUUCCCACCUUCCGAUUGCAAUUUUUCGCCCACCAGUUGUCAUAUCCGCCUACCAGGAACCGAUUCCCGGUUGGGUGGAUAAUUUCAACGGGGUGGUCGGUUGUUGUAUCCCCAUGACGCAAGGAAAAAUAUACUGCGCACGUGGGGAACCGAAUUUCCCCAGCCAUUCGGUGCCGGUGGAUUAUUGUGUAGCAGCGAUGUUAGCGGUUGGAGCGGAACCAAGAAAUCACCGUCCUGUGGAGCAAAUCCGCACUCCUGUAGUGUACAAUUAUGCUACUGAUGGCAACAAUGUUCGGUGGGGAGACUACGGCUGGCGAGCGGCCACCGGAUGUGCGACUCCGCUGGGCAGGUUUUUCGGCCGGUUCGCCCUUGGAGUCUCAACAUCGCGCAUCCGAAGACAACUAUUCAUCUGGUGGUUCGUCUUCCAAGCCGUCGUAGCUGAUCUGUUGCUGACAAUCACAGGAAAGCAACAAAAAAAUUUCCGCCUGGUGAAGCGAGUGCUGGCCUUGGAGAAAGCAGCCUGCUUUUUCGCGCUGCACCGAUGGACGGUGCAAAAUGAUAACAUGCACCGAGUACAGCGUGAGUUGACCGAAGAGGAUCGAAAACUCCUGGAAUUCGAUAUCGACAAAUUGGACUGGAAGGACUACUUUAAGCAUUUUGUGCCAGGGAUAAAGGCGGCAUUGGCUCGGUGUGCUCAACGGCGGAGAAUAGAGUGUGGCUAAAUGACGGUGAUACCUGAAAUAUUUUGCUCACCAUGACGAUAAUAAUAACCCAAUUAUCCUUUCUGCUACACUUUACGAUCAGAACAAAUACCUAAAAUUUAUUUGAGAUACUUGAUGACUUCAUGAUUGGCACAAGAAAAGUUAUCACUGUACACCUUUUAAGGAGAGCGUACAAAAUGCUUCUAAAGAAAUAACACUCAACCAAGGUUGUGUGAACUAACUUAGACCACGGGUAUUGUAGUUGAAAGAACUUUGAAUUCGGCAUGCUAGAAAAUAUGCAUAAAAGAAAAUAAAACAGAGGAGCACCUUCUGUUAGAAUAGAAGAUAAAUACAGUAAAGACUUUGUACGAUACCACCUACCGAAACCUUUUGUUUCGCACUUGAGUGUUACUCACAGAGUCACAGUUAUUGAUGCUUAAACAUAAAUUUAAAGAAUUUUAUCAGGUUUUGAAACAAAAAAGUCCACACCAAAUACAGCGAGCCCGAGCUCCGGCUCGAAUUUCCCACCUGUCUUGCACUAUUCCUAACUUUCCGAGGUUCUAUCGCGUACUUCACCACACCGGGAACAAAGUUCCUGUAAUACUGAUCCCAAUCGACUUCCGCCAGAUCGAAGGGGAACAAACGUGAUUCCAGGGCGGUUGCUCCGGCGCACAUCCGCCGAACGUUGCCAUUUUCCAUUCGCCACUCGUUCACGCAGAAAAAUCGCAACACCUCGCUUAGGUUGACCAUUUUGUCGAAAAUCUGUCCCAUUAUGGCUUUUCUCCCGCGAAUCCUUCGCACGGAAUCCAGCAGAUAGCCCUGAAGGUACAUUAUUCGCUUGCACACAGCAUAGUGCAGAGGGUAGCGUGUUAUUGUUCCGGUGAAAUAGGUUCUAGAAGUAAAAUUCGAAUUACAAACUUUGUAAGCAAGUAAUACUAAUAACAAGUGUUUCUUACGCGAGUAAACGUUUUCCUAGCGGGAGCCCUUGGAAGAAACGACCGAUAAUUUCUCCCCAGGUGAGAUUGCAGCUGGAGUCGGUGUAGUUGUAGACUGGAAUCAGCGUACCCCGGGAACGCUGCAGUACAACAUCUACGGCACAGGUGAGGAGCGCGUUGACACAAUAAUCCACCGGAACAAUGAACGGACGCUUUCGAGAAUCCACCAAUGCCGCACUGUACAGUCCUUCGGAUAGUGGGACAACCAUGCCGGACGGACCGUUGAAAUUAUCUAUCCAACUAGGAACCGGUUCGCGGUAGGUGGAACUCACUGCGAAACAAGUUGCUGUUAGUAUAUUUUGCCAAUAAAAAAAACUAAAACAAUUUCACCUAUCGGAGGUCGAAAUAUUCCUAUUGGAAGGGCGGAGAAUCGAUCUAGAAUCAAAACUUCCGCACAUUUUUUGCUAAAAGUGUAAGUGUUUGGGAAUUUUCCAAUCAGGUGCCGAGUCAACAGCUGCUUUUCGGCGUCAUCCAGUUUGGAGGCGAUAUUCAUUACGUUUUCAUAGCCACCGAAUCCUAUGUCGUCAUAGAUUUUUUCUUCAAUGAAGCACUUGUCACAGUUCGAGUAAAACGUCGACACAUGAAUCACGGAUUUCAACCGCUUCAUUUGACCGACAAACUUGAGUAACCGAUCGGUAUAUUCUACGUUUGUUUUCAGGGCACAAUCAAGAGGUUCGUUGAAAUUCACCGAAGCCAACAGAUUGAACACAACUUCAACCUCCUCCAGGAGCUCGUUACUUAUCAGAUCACUAACCAACCCUUCCUGAUCCCACAAACAAACUUCCACAGGAACUAUUUUGCCUUUCAUCUCACCGAACUUCGCCGGAUCGCUGUGAAUCCUUUCGUACAAUUGUCCCUCCAACAAUUUCCGCAGUCUAUCUUCCGCACUCACGUUCCGUUUGGAGCGAAUCAUAACGUACACCUUGCGGACUUCCAGAGUGCGCAGAAUUUUCUCCAGCAGCACUUGACCUACAAAACCGCUCGCACCGGUAAUCAGCACCGUCGAGUCCCGGUAAAACUCCAAUACUCUAGAUCGUCCUCCGUCACUCAUGGUGGAAUCGAAUGUUAUCAACCAGAAGUCCGGAAAGUAACUGAGACAGACGUGGUCUAGACAAGUAGGCAAGUAAGAUAUCAAACCUAGCCCUUGGCAAAUAAAAUCCGAAGUGUUGCAACACUUGACGUUCGAUUAGCUCUAGGGUUACCCCGGGUGGCGAUGCAACGUAAUCAACUAGAAUGUGUCAUUUUGGUGGCUAAUAAAGUGUGUCACCCCACGAGACUUUAUUGACAAAACCAUGCCUCUACCCUAAGCUGCUUAGCUGCUUAGGAAACAGUUUGGGAUUUGAUCCAGCGUGACGUGGAAUCACGCCAAAAAUUGAUAAGAUAAAGCUCUUCCGAGAAUAAUCUAACAUUCGGUCGGAAGCAAGUUUAGCCCGGAUGCGUUAACCGAAAUUGGGAAAUCACGCUCCGAGCAAGAAUCUGGGAAAUUCAAAAUCAUGUAAAUACCCGGCAGAGCCGGUAAGUGGCUCUCGAGAUCAAAGUGACCUCUCGUUUCUCGAACAAAACUGUUGUCCCACAGUCAGCUGGUGGUUCUCUAGAGCGAGAAGUAACUGAUAAAAGACGUUGCCUGGUUGUUAUCUGUAAUUGUGCGACGAUCACGUGCUAUUGAACUGUACACAUUUUUCUCUUAAGUACUGUUGUCUCGCCACUCCAGAUGAUUAUUGAAAUAAUUGAUCAAGGGAAACCGUCAUCAGCACG